CUGUUGGGCAGAGGCCUGAAGCUGGAGAUGCGGGAGGGUGACUGGGGGAGGUAACAGUGUGAGGCCGAGAUUCGACUGAGAACUGGACCCAGCUCUGCCACUGACCGCAUCCUCGCUCUCCUGGGCUCCCGGGGCCUGCGCGACUCAGCAGUGGGUCCUCCCUGAGGGGCUGUGAGUGGUGAGAGGAGACCAGGGGUGGGGGUGGCACAGGAGAAGAAAGAAAAAUAGACACUGACUUCAGGGAAGGAGAUAGAGACUGAGAGAGAGAGAGAGGGAACUUUAGACCAGGAGAGCACGAUAGAGAGAAUACAGGAGGGAGAUCAGAGGGGACUUAGGGCAGGAAGAGAGAGAGAGAAGGUGUGGGGGAGGGGAGACUGACUCCUGGGAGGAGAGAAAAACAGAGAAGGAGAAGAAGAAAAAGAGAAACAAAGAGAAAAGUAAGAGACGGAGACAUGGAAAGGGACCCAGAGAAAGACAGAGGCAGACGCAGGAGGCGGGCAGUGGUCACUGUGGGAGCCACAGACAGAGGACCUGGGAUGGCUCUGAGGCUUCUCAUCAGGAUGCCGCUGCUCCUCAUGGGGCUGCUGAUGGCAGGCCUGGCCCAGGUGCCAGUCCCUGCCUCAGCCCCCCGAGGCUUCUGGGCUCUGCCUGAAAACUUGACGGUGGUGGAGGGGGCUGCCGCUGAGCUGUGGUGUGGGGUCAGCGCCCCUGGCAGCACAGUCCAAUGGGCCAAAGACGGGCUGCUCCUAGGCCCCGAUCCUAGGAUCCCCAGUUUCCCGCGGUAUCGCCUGCAAGGGGACCCUAUGAAAGGUGAAUUCCACCUGCAUAUUGAAGCAUGUGACCUCAGCGAUGACGCAGGGUAUGAGUGCCAGGUCAGCCGCUCAGAAACAGGCCCUGAGCUCGUGUCGCCCAGAGUGAUCCUCUCCAUCCUGGUGCCCCCCAAGGUGCUUCAGCUGACCCCCGAGGCAGGGAGCACGGUCACAUGGGUAGCUGGGCAGGAGUACUUGGUCAGCUGUGUGUCUGGGGACGCAAAGCCAGCACCUGACAUCACCUUCCUCCUGAGUGGACAAACAAUUUCUGACAUCUCUGCUAAUGUGAAUGAGGGAUCCCAGGAGAAACUCUUCACCACAGAGGCCACAGCCAGGGUGACACCCCAGAGCUCAGAUAACGGGCAGUUACUGGUCUGUGAGGGGUCCAGCCCAGCUUUGGACACCCCUAUCAAGGCUUCAAUCACCAUGAAUGUUCUGUUCCCCCCAGGACCCCCUGUCAUUGAGUGGCCAGGCCUGGACGAGGGGCACGCGAGGGCAGGGCAGAACUUGGAGCUGCUGUGCGUGGCCCGAGGGGGGAAUCCGCUAGCCACACUGCAGUGGCUGAAGAACGGCCAGCCAGUGUCCACAGCAUGGGGCACAGAGCACGCUCAGGCAGUGGCCCGCAGCACGUUAGUGAUGAUCGUGCGGCCGGAAGACCAUGGGGCGAGGCUCAGCUGCGAGGCCUACAACAGCGUAUCUACAGGAAUCCAGGAAUGCGGGGUCACGCUGCAGGUCACCUUUCCCCCCAGUGCCAUUACCAUCCUGGGAUCUGCAUCCCAGUCUGAGAACAAGAACGUGACACUCUCCUGCAUCACCAAGUCCAGUCGCCCGAGGGUCCUACUGCGAUGGUGGCUGGGCUGGCGGCAGCUGCUGCCCACAGAGGAGACGGUCAUGGAUGGCCUGCAUGGUGGCCACAUCUCCAUGUCUAACCUGACAUUCCUGGCGCGACGGGAGGACAAUGGUCUGACCCUCACGUGUGAGGCCUUUAGUGAGGCCUUCACCAAGGAGACCUUCAAGAAGUCACUCACCCUGAAUGUGAAAUAUCCUGCCCAGAAGCUGUGGAUUGAGGGCCCCCCAGAGGGGCAGCGUCUCCGGGCUGGGACCCGGGUGAGGCUGGUAUGUUUGGCCAUUGGAGGCAAUCCAGACCCUUCCCUCACCUGGUACAAGGACUCGCGCACAGUGACCGAACCGCGGCCGCCCCAGGAGCCACGGCGGGUGCAGCUGGGAAGUCUGGAGAAGUCCGGGAGCACCUUCUCCCGAGAGCUGGUACUGAUCACCGGUCCGUCGGACAACCAGGCCAAGUUCACGUGCAAAGCCGGCCAGCUCAGCGCGUCCACGCAGCUUGUGGUGCAGUUCCCCCCAACUAAUGUGACGAUCCUGGCCAACGCGUCGGCGCUGCGCCCCGGGGAUGCCUUAAACUUGACGUGCGUCAGCGUUAGCAGCAACCCUCCGGUCAACUUGUCGUGGGACAAGGAGGGGGAGAGGCUGGAGGGUGUGGCCGCCACGCCCCGGAGUGCUCCAUUCAAAGGCUCCGCCGCCGCUAGGAGCGUCCUUCUGAGAAUGUCAUCCCGCGACCACGGCCACCGCGUGACCUGCCGUGCCCACAGCACCGAGCUACGGGAAACCGUGAGCGCGUUCUACCGCCUCAACGUGCUGUACCCUCCAGAGUUCCUGGGUGAGCAGGUGCUUGUGGUGACCGCGGUGGAGCAGGGCGAGGCACUGCUGCCCGUGUCCGUGUCUGCCAACCCUGCCCCGGAGGCCUUCAACUGGACCUUCCGCGGCUACCGCCUCAGCCCAGCUGGCGGCCCCCGGCAUCGUAUCCUGUCUGGUGGAGCUCUGCAGCUAUGGAACGUGACCCGCGCUGACGAUGGCCUCUACCAGCUGCACUGCCAGAACUCAGAGGGCACCGCUGAAGCUCUCGUGAGGCUGGAUGUACACUAUGCUCCCAUCAUCCGAGCUCUCCAAGACCCCACUGAAGUGAAUAUUGGGGACUCUGUGGACAUAGUCUGCACUGUUGACGCCAAUCCCAUCCUUCCUGAGAUGUUCAACUGGGAGAGGCUGGGAGAAGAGGAGGAGGACCAGAGCCUGGAUGACAUGGAGAAGAUAUCAAAGGGGUCCACAGGGCGUCUUCGGAUUCACCACGCCAAGUUGACCCAGGCUGGUGCUUACCAGUGCAUUGUGGACAAUGGGGUGGCACCUCCAGCCAGAGGGCUGGUCCGUCUUGUUGUCAGAUUUGCCCCCCACGUGGAGCAUCCCUCUCCUCUAACUAAAGUGGCUGCAGCUGGAGACAGCACUAGUUCUGCCACCCUCCACUGUCGUGCCCGAGGUGUCCCCAAUAUCGUCUUCACUUGGACCAAAAACGGGGUCCCUCUGGAUCUCCAGGAUCCCAGGUACACAGAGCACACAUACCACCAGAGUGGUGUCCACAGCAGCCUCCUGACCAUUGCCAACGUGUCCGCAGCCCAGGAUUAUGCCCUCUUCACGUGCACAGCCACCAACCCCCUCGGCUCGGACCACACCGAUAUUCAACUCGUCAGCAUCAGCCGCCCUGAUCCGCCAUUGGGAUUGAAGGUCGUGAGCAUGACCCCAUACUCGGUGGGGCUGGAGUGGAAGCCUGGCUUUGAUGGGGGCUUGCCACAAAGUUUCCAAAUCAGGUAUGAGGCUCUGGGGACUCCAGGGUUCCUCUACAUGAAUGUCCUACCACCCCAGGCCACCACCUUCACACUGACUGGGCUGCAGCCUUCUACACGAUACAGGCUCUGGUUGCUGGCCAGCAAUGCCCUGGGCGACAGCGGACUAGCUGACAAAGGGUCCCAGAUCUCAGUCACCACUCCAGGUCUAGACCAACCUUCUGGAGAACCUGACUACCAGCUGCCUACAGAGCAGCCUGCAGGACCCUCAAAGCUGCCCCUGCUGCCGGUUCUGUUUGCUGUUGGGGGUCUUCUGCUGCUUUCUAACGCCUCCUGUGUCGGGGGAUUCCUCUGGCAGCGGAGACUGAAGCGUCUUGCUGAGGGCAUCUCAGAGAAGACAGAGGCAGGGUCGGAGGAAGACCGAGUCAGGAAUGAAUACGAGGAGAGCCAGUGGACUGGAGACCGUGACACCCGAAGCUCCAUGGUUAGCACAACAGAUGUAGAGCCAUAUUACCACUCCAUGAGGGACUUCAGUCCCCAGCUGCCCCCCACGCUGGAGGAGGUGUCUUAUCCCCGAGGUCUCACAGGUCUUGAGGAGGAGAAUAUGACUUUUCCUGGGCACGUGUAUGAUGAGGUGGAAAGACUGUACGCCCCGUCUGGGGCCUGGGGACCCCUCUACGAUGAAGUACCGAUGGGCUCCUGUGACCUCUACUGGCCUGAAGACAGGUAUGAGGAUGCAAGAGGAAUCUAUGAUCAGGUGGCAGGAGAUUUGGACCCUAUGGAACCUGACGCUCUACCCUUUGAGCUGAGGGGACAGCUGGUGUGAGAGCCUUCUCAACACCCUUUUCCUACACCUGCAAGACAUAAUAUCCCAAUUGUCCUUUUUAUUCCAGCCUAGGCUGAGCUUGUUAAGUGAUCUCCAUUGGACACAAAGGGACUGGAGUUUUUCAGAAAGGGAAGUGGAGGGGUGUGUGUAAGUGACAGAAGAUGGUUCAACCUGGUGUCAAAGUAUAAACAAGCCUCCUCCUGGGGUUGGAUUUAGAGUUCUCCAUAGGGACACAGUGAAUUGUAAAAGACAUCUCAAUAAUGAAAAGCUAGUCUGAGGGUUUUUAUGCUUUUUAAAGUAAACAUUUCAGAAGUGGGAAAAGGCAUGUUAAAAACUCAGUUCAUUUUGAGUUCAACUACAUCUGAAAUAGCUUGGUUUAUGCUUUUCCAUGGUUAUCUACAACACGAUGUAUAAACUGUGACACACAUGUAAACAUAAAUAGACUCUAUAGAAAAUAAACAGCCUUUAUUGAAACAAACUGGACACAAAAUAAUACAUGCUAUGUGAUUUCGCUUAUAGAAAUUCUAGAACAGGCAAAGCUAAUCUACAGUGACAGAGCCAGAUUAGUGGUUGCCUGGGGCCAUGGGAAGGAACUGACUAAAAAAGAGUAUGAGGAAAUUUUUGAGGGGGUGAUAGAAAUGUUCUAUAUGAUGAUUGUGGUGGUAGUUAUAUGAAUGUAUAGAUAUGUCAAAACUCACUGAACUCUACACUUAAGAUCGGUGCAUUUUAUGGCACAUAAAUUAUACCUCAACAAAAGUGACUUUAAAAACAGGCACCAUAGGGGCUUCCCUGGGGCUUCCCUGGUGGCGCAGUGGUUGAGAAUUCGCCCCCCAGUGCAGGAGACACGGGUUCAAGCCCUGGUCCAGGAAGAUCCCACAUGCCACGGAGCAACUAAGCCCGUGUGCCACAACUACUGAGCCUGCACUCUAGAGCCCGCGAGCCACAACUACUGAAGCCCAUGCACCUAGAGCCCGUGCUCCACAACGAGAGAAUCCACCGCAAUGAGAAGCCCGCGCACUGCAACAAACAGUAGCCCCUGCUCACCACAACUAGAGGAGGCCCGCGCGCAGCAACAAAGACCCAACACAACCAAAAAUAAUAAAUAAAUAAUAAAAUAAAUAAAUUUAUUUUUUAAAAGGCACUAUAAUAAAGCAGCCCAG